UUCUAGUUGACCUUCUCUGUAGUGACCGUCAGUCGACCGAAAGUCUCCUCAACUACCAAAAAUGUCAUUGAAAGAAAUUAACCUUCUUAACGAUAACUCAAACUCACUUGUAGUCGACAACUUCAUCGGGGGCAACUUCGUCAAAUGUAACAAAUAUCUUGAUAGUUAUAACCCAUCGACUGGGGAAGUUUGGGCCCAAAUUCCGGAUAGUGGCUCGAACGAAGUGGAUGAAGCUGUGAGGCAUGCGAAAAACGCAUUUCCUAUGUGGUCCCAUAAAACAGCUGCAGAAAGAGCCAAAUUCCUCAUUAAAAUAGCUGAAUCCAUAGAAGAAAAUAUAGAAAUAUUAGCUGCAGCAGAAUCAAGAGAUCAAGGGAAGCCAAUUGCCUUGGCAAAGAGGAUGGAUAUUCCAAGAGCAGCACUCAAUUUUCGAGCUUUUGCUGAAUCCAUUUGUCACCACCUCAAUAUCUCAAAUAGCAUACCGGAAAUGGGCUGCAUGAACUAUACAGUGAGAAAACCUGUUGGAAUUGCUGCGUUGAUUAGCCCAUGGAAUCUUCCACUGUAUUUGUUGACAUUCAAAAUUGCUCCUGCUCUAGCUUCAGGAAAUUGCGUUGUAUGCAAGCCCAGCGAGGUUACAUCUGUGACGGCUUGGAUGCUAUGUAAACUGGCCAAGGAUGUGGGUUUGCCGGAUGGAGUACUCAAUAUGGUUUUUGGAACUGGCCUCAAUGCAGGAGAAGCGCUAAUUAAUCAUACAGACGUGAAUGUAAUCUCAUUUACAGGAUCAACAAACGUUGGACGUCAUAUAGGGCAAGUUGCCGCCAAGAGUAUUAAAAAAGUCUCACUCGAGCUGGGCGGUAAAAAUGCCGGGAUAAUCUUAGACGACGCGGAUUUGUCUAAAGUCAUACCAGCUACGAUUAAUUCAUGCUUCCUGAAUCAAGGCGAAAUAUGCCUGUGCACUUCACGAAUCUUUGUUCAACGCCCAAUUUUCGAAGAAUUUGUUCAACGCUUAGUACAAGAAACCAAAAACUUGAAGGUGGGCCCACCUACGGAAGAUGUGUUUAUGGGUCCAUUGGUUAGCCAAUUACACCUGGAAAAAGUUCAGAGCUAUAUUGGUAUAGCUCGAGAAGAUGGAGCGACCAUUCAUUGUGGCGAAACGGUUGAUGAACUUUCUUUAGGUGCUCCUUAUAAAAAGGGAUAUUUCAUUCGACCAACGAUUAUCACGGGAUUGGCCGAUUCUUCAGCUUGUAUGCAAGAAGAAAUCUUCGGCCCCGUAGUGUGCGUCUCUCCGUUUGACACAGAGGAAGAAGUGAUUGAACGAGUUAACAAUGUUAAAUACGGACUAUGUAGCGCUGUUUGGGGACAGAGUGGUGAAAGGUUGUUGCGAGUUGCUCACAAGUUGCACGUGGGGACGGUUUGGAUUAAUUGCUGGCUUAUUCGGUCUCUGGAUAUGCCUUUUGGUGGGAUGAAAGAAAGUGGUAUUGGACGAGAAGGGACUUCUCACUCUCUGGAAUUGUAUACCGAAGAGAAAACAAUUUGUUAUAAAUUUCAGUAAUCUGCACAUAGAGCCGUUGAUGUCGAAGCAGAUCUUGGAAGUGCUUUUGUGGUAUGUUAAAGGCUAAGUUGGAACUUUUUGUUUAAUAUUUUUUUUACUUGUUAGUCAUUGAGUACUAUAAGAAACAUUACCCCUUUAGUAUAGUCACGACGCGUGGCAUUUCGUGCAUGCCAGUAACAAAUACUCAUGCCAUGACUAAUGCAUUAUGCUUUAAAAAUAUUAAAUAAUAUCAGUCAUUUAAUAAUAUCAGCUUAUUUUACAUGUUGACGUAUCUUUUUUCAUCCUUAUCAAAUUUCGGUUUCCAAGCUUAAAACGAACGGUUUCUGUUUUCUUUGUUGUUAAACUUUACGGAUAUUACGUUUUCCUCGUGAUUUGAUGUGGUCGUGGCUUUUACAUUUCGAACAUUAAGAAGUACAGUUCUUAAUAAUUA